AUGUCAGAUGCAUUGCACAGCCACAGGAUAGGAGGGGAAGGGGGCCUGGACUAUCUGAUCGGAGCCAGCGCCCAUUUGUUGGUCUGGGGUGGGCUACAGCUGGGUGCGCUCAGCCCCGUGCUGACGCUCUGUCUCUGGAGGCUUGACUGGAGGGCAGGGUUAUGCUUUCUGGCCUUGGCGCUCUUCACGGUCCUCUGUCCUGCGCGCCACUCCAAGCACCUCUGCCGCUUCUACCUUAAGGCGGCGUCGACUGUGGGCGGGGCCACAGCCUGGGUUCCGGACUCGAUCAUGCAGCUCUUACAGGGCCAUAGCUAUUUGGUGUGCUUCCACCCACACGGCGUGCUACCUCUGGGUUUUAGUUUCAACGCGGCUCUCCGUGUCAAGGCACAACAGCCGGAGAUUUACCUGCCGGAGUCAUUCCAUUUCCCGGAGGACUGCGAUGGGGUGCAAGCGCCUGUGCUUUGGCGCCUUCCUUUCUUCGCACCUAUGCUGCGGAUGUGGGACUGCUGCACACCAGCGACGAAGGAGAACAUGAAGAAGCUGCUGGCAGCCGGGACAGCCUUUGGUAUCAUUCCUGGGGGAAGCGAGGACGUUGCCAUCCACGAGCACGGAAAGGAAAAUGUCUACAUCAACUCUCGGUAUGGUUUCAUCAAGUAUUCCUUGCAACAUGGGUAUUGCCUGGUUAUUGCCUAUACCUUCGGAGAGACCGACCAAUACCACAGCCUCACCUGGCUGAGGCCCUUGAACUUGUGGCUGGUCACGACCUUUGGCUUCGUGGUUCCAGUUUUCUGGGGCAAAGCCUUCUGCCCACUGCUGCCCCGUGGUGGCGGCUUAAAUACUGUCUACGGCAAAGCACUACACCUGCCAACGAUCCCAGAGCCGACACUUGAAGACCUCGUGCACUGGCAUGGGGUGUACGUGGAGGCACUGGUCACACUUUUCGAUGAGUACAAGUGCCGGUUUGGAUAUGGUGAUCGAGAGCUAAAUCCCCGCGAGUCCAGUGCCAGUUGCUUGAACGUGGCUGGACUGGUGAUCGAGCCCUCCACUGGCUUGUGCUGUGGGGACCAGAUCUUUGGCAUCGCCCAGGGGAGCCUGCGGCCGUACAUCGAGGCGAGCAGCGGCUGCCUGGCGGCCCUGAUCCCACGAGGUCAGAGGGACGCAAGCAUGGCCUCGCUGCCCACCGUCGCCCUGACCGUUGCGGCAGCCGUGGCGGAGCUGGGCCACGUUCUGCCCGGGGACCUCGUGGCUAUUCAGGCGGCUGCAGGUGGCACCGGCGUCCUGGCCUUGGCAGCGCUGCGCCGCCGCGGCGCCGCGGUGCUCGCGACAGCGGGGAGUGCCGCUCGACGGCAGAGAGACCGGGCAGAAAGGCAGGGCAUAGCGCUGAGCGCUUUUUGCGAGGCCCGCAAGCAGUGCUUCCUGCGCAUGCGUGGCGUCAGUCGGGUCACGAGCUCCCGCUCCGGCGAUGCGUUCCUGCGAGACGCGCUCGCUGGCCUCCCCGAGCACUGCCUCGGAGCAGACUUCCUGCUCAACUGCUUGACGCAUGACGACUUCAUCCCCCGUGGUUUGUCAGUGCUGGCCCCGGCGGGGCGCUUCCUGGAACUUGGGAAGCUCCGGGUUUGGUCGUCGCCGUCGGUGCAGCGUUUCCGGAGCGACGUGGUCCAUGCCACCAUGCUUCUGGACACGCGCGUCGCUUUGGCGGCCGUGAGCCUGGCGAGGGAGCUGAGGGCCAUUGCCGCAGCCGUCGAGGCAGGAGAGCUGCAGCUUCCACCGACCUCCCUUUUUGAGUUUCCGGGGCAAGCCCUCGAAGCUUUUCGGCUUUUGCAGAGUUCGAGGCAGAUUGGUAAGGUCGUCUUGGUCUGUGACCACCAGUUGCCCGGAGCAAAGGCGGAGGAUGGUGCCCGACACAACGAAGCAGCGCCAAGGAAUGCCACACCGGCUGGGAAAGCGCCCAACCGCCGAGAUGAGCUCCGCUAUCAGGCCUCGCGGGCUGUUGUUCUCCGCUCUUCCCAUCUUGACGCUUUGAGUGCUCGCAAGCGACCUGCCGCCAGGAUGGAAUGUGGGUCUGCAAGAAGCUUGAAGGCAGAGUCGCUGGUGGUGCCUCACAGCUAUCGCGACAAGACAUCUGAGAAGUCCCGCCCGGGUUCUUCGCAGGUCUAUCGCGAGGAGAUCUCCCGAGGCAUCAAGGUGAAACCCCGGCUUUUCGAGAGGAUCUGCCGUGUUGCUGGCUUUGCGUAUGCUGAGUCGAUGCAUCGGCGCAAAGAUGCAUCCGAGAUCGGCGCUGUCAUGUUUCGCGCUGUGCAGAACUCUGCACAGCGAAGCGGAACACAUGUGUGCUCCGACGGCGACGAUGCUUCGAGGCUGGUCCAGGUCAGGACCUGUGCCCCAAACUCCUCGCAUCCUUUGAGCAGCAGGGCCAAGCCCGAAGUUUCCAGAUCAGGUGCAGGCCGCAGCGACAGCUGGGACUCUAUGGUUUCUCUCUUGCCCGUGCCCUCUGUGCGUGCUGUCAACUUUCUGAACAUGGGCAGCACAAUGCUUGAGCUGUGGAAGUGGGCAAUGUGGAAAACUCACAGAGCUCACUGUGGCCAGAUUCUCGGAUGUGUGGCUGCUACGGUAAGGCGGCCUGACAUCGUCGAUGUCGCGCUUGUUGAGCGCUUGAUGCUCUUCGUGCAUGUCAAGCAUGCCGGCCGCAAGCAUGUCAGCCCCAGGGACUUCAGUACGGGAGCGGCACAAAACGAGCAGAGUCCCCUGGUUGAAGGACCUUCCCACGAUUUGCCCGAGCACCGGAGAGUCGAAGUUGUCCUUGGCCACUCCGAGCACUCUGAGCCCCCGUUGAGACUUUGGGCGCAGCACACCGUGCCGCUGCACCGUGAGCAGAGUCACCCGGCACUGCUCAAGAGCAAGAUCCCCCACAAGCCGCCCGCCUAUUCCGUGAUCCUGUUGCCACGAUCGAAAGAUGCAGAAAAGGAGCGGAUCGACGCACUGCCUUUGGAGGCGACCUUGCGAGAGGGUGAAAGUGACUUCACGCUGGCCCCUUUCACUGGAUUUGUGGCUGAGCUCAGGCUCCGGGAGGCUGCAGGGGCGGGGCUGCUGGUUGCUGCCCUGCAUGGCCUGGUGCAGGGCGGAGGUGUCGCCAUGUCCCAGGUGGCGGAUGUCCGCUUCGCAGACGUCGAAACCACUUAUGUGCUCGGCAACUUGUCAAAAGGAGCGGUGCCAUGCAUCCUCCUUUCGAAACAUUUGGCUCUGCUGGCUUCUUCCCUGGCUGAUGCCAUGGCCUUCUACUUGGAAGACUCCGUCUUGGAUGCGUGCAGUGCCUUGGCCCGUGGCCUAAUUCAAGCUUUGUUCUCUUCGCCCUCUAGCACGCGUUCCGCAGCAGUUUCCCUGUCGGCCACAACCCUCCAAUCCUUUCGCUCCGUCCGAGUGCCAGCCGCGGACGCCGCACGCUUCGCCGACGAAGCACGCGGCCUCCAGCUGUCUCUCACUUGUGGCGAGGCCGGACGCCUGCGGACGUUUCUGCAAGCCUUUGAAGGGCUUGAAGAUCUCCUCUUUCUGGGGCUGGUGUUCCUCUCAGCAGGCUUGCUGAUGCUCUUCACACACGAAGAAUUGAGGUGUUUGCAGCACUUCGACGAUCUGGCCGAGAUCACCCAGGAGCAGCAGUGCGCAAAGUAUCCUUCAUUCCAGCGAAGCUCGGGGCUUCCAGGGCUUGAUAGAGUGUUAGAGGAGUCCUCUUUGCGAACCUUGGCCGGCUCUGCUCCAUCCUGUGGACAGUUUCUCCUGUUGCAGGGAGGAGGUCCGCAUUUCUGCCCCGGAGGCAACCCGGGUGCAAGUUCGCGAGGAGAGUCCCUCUUCCAGGCUGCGCCUUUCGCCUUGUUCCUGGCCGUCCUCCGUUUAAGAGAGAUGGACUUCCUUUUUGUGGCCUUGCAGGGUCUGGUGCUCGGUGGUGGCCUGGCCAUGGCUUUGCUUUGCGACCUGCGCGUCUUGGACCACCAAAGCUCCCUUUCGCUGGGGAAUCUCUCGCGUGGGAUGGUUCCCUGCAUGCUGCUGUCCUUCCUGUCCUGCUCUGUUCUGAGCCUGUCCAGCGCCAUGGAGCUUUACCUCACCGACGACGCCUGCACUCCGGCACACUGGGCGGCCCAUGUAGGAGACGCCGUCAUGCCUUCGAUGCAGCAAGCCCGGGCGGAAGCCUGGGCGGAAGCGCGAGCUUAG